UAUACAUUAUUACUAACUUUUCACUGGCGGACUGUAAUAAUUUUUCUAUGGACUAGUCCGAACUGAACUUUUUUUAGUCUAGUCCGACGUUAGUAGCACAUUUUAUAUGGCAACUUAUAAACAUAAUUUUAUCACAAAACCUUAAGUCUUAUACAGAAUUCUUUUGUCUGUAAAACGCAAUUAUUAUUAGGUUAGCGUGAGUCCGUGAUAAUUGAGUCGUUGUAAUAUUAUAGGUUUUUCCGUGCUUACAUUUUUAUUCUUCUUUUAAUUUGAAAAUUUAAAAAUUUAAAUAAUGAAUAACAUUGCGACGCAGAGAAUCAAAAGGGAAUUUAAAGAAGUCAUUAAGAGCGAAGAGCUUGCUAAAUGUUCAAUCAAAGUGGACUUAAUUGGUGAUAGCUAUACUGAAUUAAAAGGUGAAAUUGCUGGCCCACCUGAUACACCAUAUGAAGGGGGUACAUUCUUUUUGGAAAUUAAAGUGCCAGAGACGUAUCCUUUCAAUCCACCUAAAGUACGAUUCAUGACUAAAAUAUGGCAUCCAAAUAUUUCAUCCGUCACUGGAGCUAUCUGUUUAGACAUUUUAAAAGAUCAAUGGGCGGCAGCUAUGACUUUACGCACAGUACUGUUGUCUCUACAGGCACUUAUGGCAGCUGCUGAACCAGACGAUCCACAGGAUGCUGUUGUUGCCAAACAAUAUAAAGAGUAUCCAGAAAUAUUCGCUAAAACAGCUAGCCACUGGACUAAUGUUUAUGCUGGAGGUCCAAAUAAAAAUUCAGACUUUGACACCAAAAUUCAGCGUCUCAUAGAUAUGGGAAUAGAACGUGAUCAAGCACGUGGAGCAUUAUCUACUUACAAUUGGGAUUUGGAACGAGCUACAGAACAACUGUUUAGUUAGGAUGGACUAAUUGUUUUGGGUUAUGAUUAAAACUAAAUUUAUCAUUAAAUCAAUGUAAAAUAUUGAACAUUAUAAUGAGUUUUUCUAAACACUGUGUUAUUUAAAAUUUUGUUUUACACAAUUCUGAUUGCAAAUAAUAUUAAUAGUAUAUUUUUCAAUUAA